UGGUGUGGGAUUUGUGGAAUGGGAAGUUCCUGAACAGGAUGUGGAAUCACUGCUGCGGCGAACAGCCCCACACACACACACACACACACACACACACACACAGUCACACCGAGCUGGCCUUGCGGCUGCACGAACCCGCAUCUGGAGAAGAUAGGAUUUUUUUUCUGGUGCCACAUCUGGAAAAUCUUCUUGUCUCCGUCUGUUUCCCGGCGCCCCGUUGUCUGUCCGCGGGUCUAUCCAACCAGCCCGGAUCCAGGUGAUGUCUCACCUGCGGAGUCUCCUGUCGGCCCUGCUGCUGCUGCUUUUGUCGGCGGCCGAACCUCUGAGCAGCCCCGAGGAAAAUGCCAAUGAAGUCCUGAAACACACAGAGGCUGCAAUCGCAAAGAACGAAGUGAUGGAGAAUGCCAUAGGGAAUCUCAGUGAACCUACAACAAGCCACACCCCCUCCACAGCGAAUCCCUUGACUACCACGAUGUCUCCGAGCGCCGGUCUUGUCCCUCAGUGUCCAGGAAGCCAGGUGAUGCUGGAGAGCAGCCCCGGCUGUGGCUGUCCACCUGGCAUGGUGAAGGUCGGUGACAACUGUACCUGCCCUGUGGGCUUCACUCUGGAGGAAGGGGCCGCAGAGUGUAAAGACAUUGACGAGUGUGAAGGUGCGGGGCCAGGACCAUGUGGUCUCCACGCCAGCUGCGCUAAUACCCCCGGCUCUUACUCGUGUAGCUGUCUCCGUGGUUACCUGAUGGGUGCUGGAGGUUGCCAGGAUAUAGACGAGUGUGCUCUGGCUGCAGUGACGGGCUUGCAGGCCUGUCAGGGGGAGGCUGACUGCAACAACACGCCUGGUUCCUUCACCUGCUCUUGCCCUGCGGGAUAUGUAUUUGCCCUAAAUGGACAAAGCUGUGUAGAUGUGGAUGAGUGCAGCUUCGAGGAGCAGUGUCGCCGGGAGCUGGGAAACGUGUGUGUGAACACGCCUGGCAGCUUCAUGUGCCAGUGCCAGCCGGGCUUCAGAGCGGAGGCGCCCGCCUGCGUUGGUCCUGUGUGUCCAGAAUACACCGUAUGUCAAGAUGUGGAUGAAUGUACAGAGAGUCCUGCGGCGUGUGAUGGUCAGGGUGUGUGUGAGAACACGCUUGGCAGCUAUAAGUGUGUUUGUCAACCAGGUUACCGGGGAAACGGCACACACUGCGAAGAUGUGAAUGAAUGUGCAUUUGGUGGUCACGGGUGUGAUAUCAACGCUCGGUGUGGCAACAUCAUUGGCUCAUAUUUCUGCCAAUGUUACCAGGGCUUCAAUGGAGACGGACACUCUUGUUUUGACGUGGAUGAGUGUGCUUUGAACAACGGCCAGUGUGAACACAACUGCACCAACGAGCCAGGAGGGUACAGCUGCCAGUGUGCCUCCGGUUACCAGUUGGACCACGUUGGACACAACUGCACAGAUGUGGACGAGUGCUCAGCGCUGAAUGGGACCUGUGAGCAGGUUUGCGUCAACUCUCCUGGGUCGUUCCAGUGCUCCUGCAAGCCAGGCUACCAGCUGCACAUCGAUGGCCACACCUGUGUGGACAUUGAUGAAUGUAAACUGCAGAACGGUGGCUGCUCCCACACCUGCACCAACUCUCCGGGAGGACACGUUUGCCAUUGCCCUCCUCCUCUGCUUGUAGACACGGACAACCUCACUUGUAGCAAUAUUACAUCUUGCAAGCUGAGAAAUGGCGGCUGCGACCACACAUGCACUGUGCAGGCUGAGGGCCACGUCCAGUGCAGCUGUCGGAGCGGCUGGAAGCUGGCCGAGGACCUGAGGAGCUGCGUGGACGUGAACGAGUGCGGGGACUUUACAAACGGAGGUUGCGUGCAGCUCUGUGUGAACCAUCCCGGUGGGUUCACCUGCACCUGCAGGGAAGGGUAUGAAGUUCGAACCGAUGACCACACCAAAUGCCAGCCCGUGUGUAACCCUCCCUGUCACAACUAUGGAGUAUGUGUGGCCCCAAACAGCUGCGACUGUCCUCCGGGAUACCCUGGGGUGGGCUGCUCAGCCAUGUGCUCACCGCCCUGUGCCCAUGGAGGCACCUGUAUGCGCUGGGACAAGUGUUUGUGUUCCCCAGGUUGGACGGGAGCAGGCUGCCACGCAGCGGUGUGUGAGUUGCCCUGUGCAAACGGCGGUCGCUGUGUGUCGCCUGAUACCUGCCAGUGUCCCUCUGACUACACCGGUCGGCAGUGUCUUUUGCCCCUGUGCACUCCUGCCUGUCAAAAUGGGGGAAGAUGUGUGGAUGUCAACAAAUGUGCGUGUGUUGGUGGAUGGCAAGGAGCUCGUUGCCAGAUAGAACCUGUUCAGUGUCAGAAACCCUGUAAGAAUGGUGGAGUGUGUGUGGGCCUCAACAGGUGCCGCUGCGCCAAAGGAUUCACUGGAAACCUCUGUGAAACAGCGGUGACCACCCCCUGUGUGCCACCCUGCCAACACGGUGCCACCUGCAGUCCUCACAACACGUGCACCUGUCCAGAGGGCACUGCAGGCCUGCGCUGCGAAAGACUGACGUGUCCUGUGGUCACCACGGUGGUCAGCAUGGCUCGAGCGGUGAGAAAGGCGUUCAGGGAGAGUUAUGUUGACCGUUGUGGACCCCUGGGAGUUAAACUUUGCACAAAAUACAGGAUGAACCAGGCCCGUGUGUACCUGCAGGCUUACAGGGUGGGCUACAAAAUCCAGUGUCCAGAGAGGAAGGGCAGAUGAGGGGUGCUGUCUCAAAGCCCCUGGUCAUGAGGAAAUAUCACUGCUACAACAUUUUAGGCAACAGAAAGAAUUUAAAAUGAGACAGUGAGUAAACUGUAAAAAAUUAAUGUAACCAAAUAUAUUUGUGAUAUAUGUUGACAGCUGUCUUUGUCUCACACAAUCAUAUGUUAUUUUGCAUUUCAUGAGAAAAAAUCCUUAGUAUAUAAAAUGUAUAAUCGAUUUUUUUAUUUGUAAUGUUUAUAUAUGGCAGCUGGAAGUGGUUAAAAGUUCACUUAUUGUAGUUUUUCCAAAAAUGUGUUGAUAUUAUUAAGAUUGCCCCAGGACUCUUGUCAAUGAUUGUCUAGUAAUAAUGACAUUCAGUGAAAAGUCGUACUGAAAGAGUUCAGUUCAAGGAAUAUUCCCAAUAAAGAAACACACAAUUUUGA